UCGCUGCUCGACAUGCUAACGAGUUGGAGGCUGCAUAUGCCAGUUUUUAUUCUUCCGUCGCUGACACUGCGACCUCUGAAGCCGGGAAAGAGGCAGGACCCACGAAUGCAUCCCAGUCUAAAGAAGGAAUGGAUCUCGAGGAUAUUCAGUGGUAUCGCGAUCAUCCGAUUGUGGUGCGCGACUACGCCUUCGAAGAGGAUGAUGAACGCUUUUCUAAAGUGCCUUUGGAACUGAAGCCGGCCUCUGAGCGACCUCCUCAACACAGAAUAGGUAUUUUCACUUUUUUCUUUUCAUUAAGACGCGUCGAGUCUCACUAUGGAUCUUCAGUUGGUCAACAUAGAUGGGACGUUACGUAUAACGAAGACGAAGACGAAGAUGAAUGGGGAUGGCCUAUCGGUACUAUAACCGGAGGCAGUGUGCCCCUGAGUGCGCCUAUUACGGGUGGACAGCGUGCAGAACUCAAGAAUCGAUCAAGAGCUUGGAAUGGUCUGGGAAACCGAGGGGUUGGUGGGCGAUGGACGGAGAUUAGCGAGGAAGAAAGUAGUGGAUUCUAUGAAGAAAGUGGAGAAGAAGAACAUGAAGACAAUGAGGUUCCGACUCCGAACGAUAGAGAUGAAGAGGAUGACAGUUUUACGGGAGAUGUCCACACCCCUUUACACCCCUUCUCUCAUUCCCGUCUACACGAUCCCCAUCUAGAUCAUGAAAUGGAUGGCGUAGAUGGUGACGAGGAUUCGUCACCAGAGUCUAGCGAUCGCGAAGACUACUCGCUGAGGCCUGGAAUCUAUCGUGUCCUAUUUGCAUUUACAGCGGAAAGUCCGGCAGAGAUGAGCGUCAAUGAGGACCAGUUGAUACGGGUUCUCGGAAGGGGGGGAGGAGAAGGGUGGGUAGUAGCACUCCGCUCUUGGACACCUGAAGACACUCUUCCGGAUAUGCGUGCGCUCACCGAGGAAGCGAAUCAUGAGGAAGAACAUGGUCUUGUCCCUGAAAGCUAUAUUGAGCUCUAUCGAGCAGGAAUAUCUGGGGACUAUUGA